ACAAGAAUAGACGAUGAUCCCCAUUUGAGUCUAACGAAUAUUAACGAAUCGUGAACAUUAAAGUUUUAUUUAUUUUUACAAAAUUGAAUGUGCAAUCUUAAGUAUUUUACUCAAUAUUUGGUAUGAUAUAUUUUAACUAAUUUAUUUUUAAGUUUAUUUCUACAAACAAACCGAUUUUAUGGAGAAUAAUGAAAGUGCAAGCAUGGAGGAUGAAAACACCAAGUCAUAUCUACAGUUGCAAAUUGAAAAGCUAAAAGCUUUGAGAGCCAAGCUAACCACUGAUGCAGAGGAAGAUUUUAUUAUUAAAGCUGAACCGCGAAGCGGCUAUGAGUCGGAGACGAGCGAGUGUUCAGAGGACUCCGCGGCCUACGAAGAUGUGCAGGCUGCAGCCAAAAGCUCUGGGUCGCGGAAGAAUAUCAAUAGGGGGCGGUGGACGAAAGAGGAGGAUAAAAGGCUAAAAAUGUAUGUUAAGAUGUACAACGAGAACUGGGAGCUGAUAUCGGCGCAGUUCUCAGACCGAUCCGACGUCCAGUGCCAGCAGCGGUGGACGAAGGUCGUCAACCCUGAACUAGUCAAAGGUCCCUGGACCAAGGAGGAAGACGAGAAAGUGGUAGAGUUGGUAGCCAAAUACGGACCAAAAAAAUGGACGCUUAUUGCCCGGCAUUUGAAGGGCAGGAUAGGAAAACAGUGCAGAGAGCGCUGGCACAAUCACUUAAACCCUUCAAUAAAGAAGACAGCAUGGACGGAGCACGAAGACCGCGUGAUAUACCAAGCGCACAAGCAACUUGGCAACCAGUGGGCCAAGAUCGCCAAGUUAUUGCCUGGCCGAACUGACAACGCCAUAAAGAACCACUGGAACUCAACAAUGCGUAGGAAGUACGAGCCAGACAUGAUAGAUUCGUACGAGUGCCUCCGACGAAAGCGGCCCAAGCGAGACGUAAGGGCAGACGAGAAAGUCCAAGUUGCAUACAACGAUUCAUGGACGGACCCAUUCAACGAGUCCACCCAAAGCAACUCCUCAUCAACCAGCCAAACGCCAAGCACAGUGCUGCACUUCCGACGAGUGCUCAAGGAACAACUGAACAGCAUUCAACACACGCAGCAACUGACGAGGCAACAGUCGCCCGACCGCGGCGCCCUCGUGCCCGCCGACGAGAUUGAGAUCCUGCACGAGCCGUUCAAAUUCAUCAACAUCGAAUCGUUGCCAACAAACUCUCCUAUUAGAAGUUAUUUAAGUCAAACGUAUCCCACAGAAGAGAAUAACCAGGAAAACUCUAAUGGAGUAACAUACUCCGUCCAGUCGGAAGGCAUCAAAGAAAUCGUGGUGCCGUCAGUGUAUUCGUCCCCCAAGAAGAAGUCUAUGGAAACCAACAGUCCCCCUCCCAUACUGAGGCGAAAACCGAAGAAAAUGCUCACGCCCAACCCUAGUAAUCCAUGGUCGGACACCCUCCGAGCGUUUGAAGGCAGAGACAGCGGAGUGACUCCCAUCAAAGCGCUGCCCUUCAGUCCCUCGCAGUUCCUGAACUCGCCCGGAGGCCUCGCGCCGAGGGAACUCACUCCCUUGAGGCCCUCGCAGCACAAAGAUUGGACGGCCAGUCCGUUGCUGCACACUCCAACCCCAGCUAAUAUCACACCAGGAAACAACAGCAAUCUUAGGAAUAACGCGACUCCCAAAACGCCAACCCCCUUCAAAAUUGCGAUGGCAGAGAUAGGCAAAAAGUCCGGACUGAACUACGAACCUUCCAGCCCUGGUCUACUAGUAGAAGAUAUCACCGAGAUGAUCAAACGCGAGGAGAAUUCCGACAGCACUGUGCAACUGAACGAUUCACUGCUAUCGUCUAUUGCUGACCAAGAUGCUGCCAAUGUACAGGUAAACAACGAUUCCGGUAUAGGCAGCCUGAAGCGUCGCGUGUCCGAAACGUCGCAAACCGGCAAGGAAAACGUUCCGGGGACGGUCCACAAGAAAGCCAGAAAGGCUCUGGCGAAUAGCUGGGGAGCGGCUACUAGCACGCCGCACGCGCAUUCUAAUCAGAGCCUGGUGCCUGAAGUGUCGUUUAUUGUGGAGACACCGAGUAAAACGCUGGCCGGUGACAGCUCGGUCAUGUUCUCCCCACCUUCGAUAGUCAAGCACUCCCUUCUAGAAGAAUCCACCAGUCUCCACAGCCUAAUCUCAGCUGAAAACACCCCGGAUACGAAAUACGAAGACCUGGACAUAGAAUCCGUGAUCACCGAAAAAACUAAGGUGAAGCGGACCUCCGACGAGAUGGUAGUCAUCAAGAAGUCAGCAGUGCGCUCCAUCAAGUUCGAGGAAGAUGUUGAAGAGAAACCGGUGUCUUUCUUAUUGGGUGACAAGGACGAUAAAUGGGAGAUUUUCGCGUGUGGCAAGACUCAAGACCAACUUGAAUUGACAGUGCUUGCUCACCAGUACUUGAGGAAGACGGCCCUCAAACCUCGAUCCCUUAACUUUUAAGUUACAACACUUACCUACAGCCAAGAACUCCGAUCCAUUUCUGAUGUAUUAGAUGUUAAAAGACAAUGCCGG